UUUUCCCGGAGUGGGCGUGGUUACAUGGCCCCCAGCGCGCACGCCCCCAGCGUUGGAGAGCAGAGAAUCCUGCCUAUUUUUCCAAGAUCCGGGAGCACCGUCACACAGACACACGAUGGCGACAGUGACAGACUCACGUUUGCAGUCGUCACAGAAAGACGCGGCUGACCAAAACUUCGACUACAUGUUCAAACUCCUCAUCAUCGGCAACAGCAGCGUCGGUAAAACCAGCUUUCUGUUUCGCUACGCGGACGAUUCGUUCACCUCGGCCUUCGUCAGCACAGUGGGCAUCGACUUUAAAGUUAAAACAGUUUUUCGCAACAACAAGAGGAUCAAGCUUCAAAUUUGGGACACGGCCGGGCAAGAGCGUUACAGAACCAUAACUACAGCGUACUACAGAGGAGCCAUGGGUUUCCUGCUAAUGUAUGACAUCGCAAACCAAGACUCUUUCAGUGCUGUCCAGGACUGGGCCACCCAGAUCAGGACAUACUCGUGGGAUAACGCACAGGUAAUUCUGGUGGGCAACAAAUGUGACCUUGAAGACGACAGAAUCGUACCGACUGAAGAUGGACAGAGGCUGGCUGAAGACCUCGGUUUCCAGUUUUUUGAGGCCAGCGCCAAGGACAACAUCAACGUGAAGCAGGUUUUUGAACGCUUGGUUGACGUGAUCUGUGAGAAGAUGAAUGAAAGUUUGGAUAGAGAGGUUUCAGCAUCUAACAACAAAGACUCAAGUCUGCAGGAUGCGUCCUCACAGGAACACAGUGGGUGCGCCUGCUAAAAAACACUCACAGUACCAUACAGAGAACUACACUUCAUCACUGCUAUAUGGAAAUAUCUUUUCACUUUAACUUGAACAGUACACGCUCAGAGAGAUCGCUCCAGGUCCUACAGCAGUCAGUACAGGUAUGAUGAACGCUAAACCACAGACGUUAUGGAUUGGAUGAAUGGGUCUUGUGGCACUAACACACUAACAUUUAACGCACGCACACUCAAAGACGACUGAAGAAAUGAAUAAAUAUUUAAAUGUCCCUGACAAGUAUGCUUGGUUUAAAGAUAAAGGUGCUGGUCUCCAAAUUUCUGAUCUUUCUUAAAGUGUCUUUGUGGUUUCAGCUCAUCUUAUCAUCACCUCACUCGUAACGUCCUCAGCAGUCAGCUACUGUAUUGUCCGUCACAUGUCUAUCUGCUUUAAAAGACAGAGCUAACAGUGAGUUUGGUGGCAUUGUUGAGAUAAACUCACUGUUACAGUCUGAUACUAUUGUCUUAAACACACACAUGCACGAGAUAGAGAAAGUUAAGUUUUAGAUUUCUGCAAGUAUCAUUAUUUGAACACUGUUAGAAAGAAUGGUCAAAAUAUGACACCUUUUAAAAAGGUCUCUUUAAAAAAAUUUUUUUAAGUUGAAUCAACUUAAAUUUACAAUUAAUUUAAACUUAUUUGACGAGGAGUUGUUAUAAAUUACAAAAAAUUUAGUUGAAUUAGCUAAGUUAUUUCAACUUUAUUUUUAUCAUUUAUAGCAACUCCUCACUAGUCCAGAAAAGGUUAAAUUAAUUGUAAAUUUAAGUUGAUUUAACUUAAAAAUUUAAGUGCAGCAAGGAAUGUUUACAGUGUGUACGGCUUUGCAAGUAUUUCACUGUAAAAAGUUUCAACUAUAAGUCUUUAAAUUUUGAGUUAAUUCAACUUAAUUCAGUUGAAUAUUCACUUAUUUCUUAGUUCACAAACACUUUAAAGUUGAAACCACAAACCUUUUUUCACAGUGUGUAACUUUUUACAUUGAGCUGUCAUCUCUAAAGUUUAAUUCAAUUCCUACAGUCCUUAAAGUUCAGAUGUUAUGGAUUUCUAUCUGAAGUAUUGUGGACUGUGGCUUGUCAAGUCUAUUUCAGCACUGGAUAUUUCAAAAGUUCACAGAUGGUUUGGUCUUUCACAUAAUGACAGUUUAGUCUCCUUUCAUCUUUUACUCUCAGUUUCAUUUAUGGAAGUACCUCUCAUGUACAGUAUGAAAUGUAUGAAGAUUUUUGUGUAAUAAAAUAUAGAAACGGUUUAAAAUUGAUAUCUCAGAUUUGAAUUGAAUUGUUUUUGCACAAUUUUAUAUUUUUGUUUGUUUGUUUAUGUCUUACUGUAUCUUUAACAGUUACUGUGAAACUUGGUACAGUU